CCAAAAUGUCGACAAUUAUGCCUUGUAAUAAUUUCAAGAAAGGCUGCUCUCUCCAAGUUAAUAAUUGAACUUUUAGAGAAACAAGUCUGAGUUGACCCCCAAAAAAAAAAAAGUCUGAGCUUCAAAAUCUGGAGCAGACCUCUGUGCUCUUAUUCCCUAUUUAUCAUUCUCUUUCUCUUAUCUUUGCAUCUCUUGGAGUAAUUUGCAGCUAGUAUUAUCAUCAAAUUCCAACAUCAUCCAGGAAAGAAAACUACUUACGACAACGGCUUAGGGUACUUAUUAUUAUUAAAAAUCAUGUUUAAAUAAUUCUUGCCUCAACCAUACAGUUGGCUCUGAUCCUCAUUUGUUAAUGUCAUACAUUUGGCUCUGAUCCUCAUUUGUUAAUGUUUUUUGUUGUGCAUGCAUUGUUGUGUUUUUUAGUAACGCAGGUCAUGGCCGAGAAGAUUAUUAUGUUUUGUCGUUACUAUGUUCUACUUAUUGUUCUUCUUCCUUAUCGAACCCUCCAAUUCUUCUACCACAAGCUUUCAUUUCAAGUCUCAAGGGCCUCUAACCUAGAUGCUGCUGAGGGCAUCGAAAACCAUGUUCCCAUUGAGCCAAAGAUCUCUUCUUCCUUCAUCACAGACUCCGAAAUCCAAUCUGAAUUUGCUCACCAUGCUCCUGGUGUUGCCAGGAUGAACAAUGGCAGCUUCGGUUGCUGCCCUGCCUCUGUCAUCUCUGCCUUGCAACAAUGGCAGCUCAAAUUGCUCUGCCAACCGGACCAUUUCUACUUUAAUGAGCUUGAGGACAGGAUACUUGAAUCAAGAUACAAAAUCAAAGACCUUAUCAACGCAGAAGAUGUGGAUGAAGUCUCCAUUGUAGACAACAUCUCCACUGCUGUCGCCAUAGUCCUGCAGCAAGCAGCAUGGGCCUUUGCUGAAGGGAAAUUUAACAAAGGGGAUGCUGUCAUUAUGUUUCACUGCGCUUAUGGCGCGGUGAAGAACUCAAUCAAGGCCUACUUUUCGCGUGCUGGUGGAUAUGUUAUUGAAGUUCAAUUUAAUUUUCCAUUGAAUUCCAAUGAAGAAAUUAUAAGUGAAUUUAGCAAGGCAUUGGAGAGAGAAAAGGGUAAUGGUAGGAGAGUGAGAUUGGCUGUGAUUGAUCAUGUCACAUGCAUGCCAAGUGUUAUAAUGCCAGUUAAGCAAUUGGUUAAAAUCUGUAGGGAAGAAGGUGUUGAACAAGUUUUCAUAGAUGCAGCUCAUGGUGUUGGGUGCGUAGAUGUUGAUAUGCAAGAAAUUGGGGCAGAUUUUUAUGCUAGUACUUUGUAUAAGUGGUUCUUCUGCCCACCUGCAGCUGCAUUUCUGUAUUGUAGGAAGUCAGCUACAUAUUCAGAUUUGCAAUUGCAUCACCCUGUUGUAUCUCAUAGGUAUGGUAUGGGGUUGGCUGAAGAAAGUUUUUGGGUUGGGACAAGGGAUUAUAGUCCAUAUCUGGUGCUUCCUUCAGCUAUGGAGUUCGUUAAGAGGUUCAAAGGCGGUGUUGAGGGAAUCAUAAAAAUGAAUCAUGAUGCUGUUGUUGAGAUGGGGAAGAUGUUGGCAGAAGCUUGGGGAACCAAUCUAGGCUGCCCUCCUGAUAUGUGUGCUAGCAUGAUCAUGAUUGGUUUACCAUCUUGUUUGGGGAUUUCAAGUGAUGAUGAUACUAUGCAGUUAUGGGCACAUUUACGCGAGAAAUUUGGUGUUGAAGUCAGGAUACAUUAUCAAGCUCCCAAAGAUGGAGAGGUUGUGUUGACAACGGGGUACGUUCGAAUUUGUCAUCAGAUUUACAACAAAGUUGAUGACUAUUACAAGCUCAGAGAUACAAUUAAUCAACUCGUUCAUGACGGGUUCACUUGCGCUCUUGAGUUCAAUGAGGCCUGAAGAAAUCCGUUUGAUAAAUAAAAAGGAGCUAUAUAUAGUUCUCUGUCUCCUGCAUGCUUGCUAGUUGGAAUGCAAACAAUCUAUACAGAAAAGUUUAUGAACUUGUUUUUGUUUUUGUUUUUUUGGGUUUGAUAUGCAGAAAAUGUUCUUGUAUGAAUACAUAAGCAAUUGUCAGUCAGCUUCAAGGAAUGUAAUUUCCAGAGAUGUUUUAGACAACCACUCCACCAAUGGACUCUAUUUGAACACAAUAUUGACCUAAGAAUAUUAUAGUAGUGCGGCCAUAA